AUGUCCCACGAAGAACGAAUCAGUGUCAAAGACACAAACAACUAUUCCUCCUCAAGCAACGACGACUACGAAACAGGACACUUCGGCCCCCUAGCCCACGUCAACACAGCCUCAAGCCGCUACCCUGCCUUCGGAGGUGACCUUCAGCCAGGUCUAUACCGCAUUCCCAAAGACCGCAAGCUCGCCAACCCGGCACCGCUGGGCCUCUGCGCAUUCGCGCUCACCACCUUCGUGCUGGGAUGUCUCAAUAUGAGUGUCAAGGGCAUCACAAAGCCUAAUAUCAUCGUCGGGCCUGCUUUGGCUUAUGGUGGGUUGGUGCAGCUCUUGGCUGGCAUGUGGGAAAUGGCUAUUGGUAAUACCUUCGGUGCCACUGUGCUCUCGUCUUAUGGUGGUUUUUGGAUCUCGCUGGCUAUUACAUUCAUUCCCGGUGGGUUUGAUAUUCUGGGGGCUCUUGAAGAGGCGGAUCAUGGGUCUCAUUCUAUGUUUUACAAUUCGCUUGCGUUGUAUCUCUUCGGCUGGUUCAUCUUCACAACGCUUGUUACGAUGCUCACACUUAAAUCUACCGUGGCUUUCUUCUCCCUCUUUUUCUUCGUUGACAUCGCUCUUCUAUUGCUCUCCCUUGGGUACCUUUUCAAUGUGGACGGGGUGCCAAAUGAAAAAUUGAUAAAGGCUGGUGGUCUCUUUGCUCUGCUUGGUGCUUUCUUGGCUUGGUAUAAUGCCUUCGCUGGUAUGGCUGAUAACACUAACAGCUUCUUUUUGCCUCCUGUUAUUCAUUUCCCCUGGUCCGAGAAGAAGAUGUCCGCUAAACGGAAUUCUGCUGGACAGAGUGAGGUAUGA